AUGAGUCAUCUUGAGUUUUUACAUAAGUUUGUUAUUUCACAUUCGAAUAAUUUUUUGCAAAGUUUUUAUGCUGUCGUGGAAAGUUCACAAAUAGAAUGUCUUGAAUGCCCCAUAGAAAAAACAGGCAUUGAUAAUUUUUUAAUAAAAAUAUACAUAGAUAAUAUAAUACAUAAUAUUAGGACGCUGCUGUUAACGUGCUUAAGUGGAUCUAUUGGGAAUACACUUCAUAACACAGAAAUCGAAAAAAAUGAUGAAUAUAUUUAUGUAACAUCUAGUGAAAGUAAAAAUGAGGAUAGCAUUGACUAUAAUUCAGAAGAUAACAACAAUAUAAAAAAUAAUAAUAAUGCUUACACCAAAAAUUCAUAUUUUUUAAAUAAAUGCAAAAAUAUUCACAAUCUUAGAAAGAGUUUAGAAAAUGCUAAAAUAAAAACAACUAAACAUACUCAUAUCCAAAACAAUAUUUUGUCUUAUUGCAUAUGA